AUGUUUGGUUGUAUUGUAGCUGGAAGACUGAUCCAAACCAAUCUUCAACAAGUUGAUGUAAACAAAUACGUUUUUGAACUUCCCGAUGCGGCUACCGUGAAUCAUAUCGUAGUAUUCCUACUUGGAACGAUUCCAUUUGAUCCAGGUUAUGCUGCGACCGUUCAUUUCUUGUGGCCAGGAAGUGAAAGCGGUUGGAAAUUGUUGGGCAUGCUUUCAAAUGAAAAGCCAAGUGCGAUUUUUCGUCUUCGCGGAACGAUCAUUCCGUCAAAUGGACAAAAUCCGACAUUUGGGACCAGAUUGAUCAUGGGUGGUGAAAGUGGAGCAUUUUCAUCUGAUUCUAACGUAUCUUCGAUAACAGCCACGUUGGGAAUUUCAAUUGAACCAAUCUCCGUGAUUGAAGCGCAAAUUACAAAUUUAUCACCACAAAUCAAUGCGACAAGUUCAGAAAAUAUUAGUCAGAUUUCUAUUAAUAUCCUUAAAAAUUUUUAUAACUAUGUUACGUCGUUUUGUGCUUCAACGAUUCCUUUUGGAGCACAAAAGAUUGGGAUAGGAAAUUCAUAUAUAUCAGCAAAAGUGUUUCAAGAUUGGUAUGACGGGUAUAUGAGAAAGGUCAAAAUGGAUCCUAGCAUAGUAUUAAAAAAUGAAUCCGAUACCGUUUAA